AUGCAGCAGAUCAAAGGAUCCACCAAGAACGUCGUGAGACUGCUGCUCAGUAACCCCAGGCUUGCCAGUCUGUUGCAGGUGCAGACCCUGGGCAGAAGUGCGGAAGCCCAGAGUUUUAUUGAUAGCCUGGUAGAACUCCGAGGUUUCCUGUUUGAGAAGCUGCUCACUAGUCCCAUGGAAGCCAGAGACAAGACUCAGUUCAUCCAGGACAUCACCAGACGGAAUCAGAGGAACCAAGAAAUCAUCGAUACUCUGGAAAAUGAAUUGGCAGCCUGCAUGAGGAACAGGGAUGCAGAGGUAUCACUGCACAAUAUUGGCGCGCCUGUGCACUUCACUCACGCCGGGAAACAGAGGAUGGUGGCCACGAACGUGGGCUCUGGAUCAGACAGACCUGGCUUCAAAUUCCAUCUCAGCUGCGCAACCCCAGCCAGACUCAACCCCACCCUGAGCCUCAAUUUCCCGGUCUCUAGGCAGGCUGUCCCCGUCUGUCCUCCGGGGCCAGGGCUGGGAUUUGGUGAGGUAGUAGCGCCCCGUCCUGAGGGGGCUGCAGGCACGCCAGCCUCUCCUGCGACGGCUGAUGAUUGCGGAGGUAUCCUGGAGCCUCUCUUCUUCCUGGCCCAGGUGGAGAAGGAGAACUUCGUGAUCCAAGAACUGAAAAACCACCUGCACCAGGUGCUCAGGUUCUCAGAGAACAGCCUCCUUCGCACCAAGCAGGAGGCGGAGAGGCGGCAGAAGGCGGACUUCCGGGCCUCGCAGGCCCGGGUGGCCAAGAUCCAGCAGGAGAUCCUGCUGCUGCGGUCGCAGUUCAACAGCCUGGUCAUGGAGAACCGGCAGGCGGAGCAGGCGCUGAGGAAGAAAAAAUAUAAAGUGGAAACGGAAAUUGAGAACUGGAUCCAGAAAUACGAUUUGGAGAUGAGCGAAAAGCAGGAUGAGUACGAGGAGCUGGAUGUCAUCCACAAAGAGGAGAAGCUCCAGCUGGAGGAGCUGAAGAGACGGCAUGACGUGCUGGUGGAAGAGUUCUCCCAGAUCCAGGCCGAGCAGGAGAUCAACGCCAAGAAGAGGCUGGAAGCCGAGCAGGAGAUGGUGCACAUGGUGCGGGCUGCCACGCUCAUCCAGGCCCUGUGGAAGGGCUACCUGGUCCGCUCCAUGCUCAGGUCCAAGAAGAGGAAGCGGAGCAAGAGCAAAGUGAAGGAGGAGAAGGGCAAGGGCAAGGGCAAGGGCAAGGGCAAGGAGAAGGGCAAGGGCAAGGGUAAGAAAUGAGUCCUUCCCCCAGCCUGCCCAGACCCCUGCCCUCACCAUGAUCUUACCUCUCACUCGAGAGCCGGCCUGGAAGCCCCUGGGAUGUGGAGCCCUGCUCCUGCAAUUUUUCAAAAUUAAAAACCCUUUUAAACCACAGCCUACAAAUAAACUUCACUUUACCCAGGGCCAUUGGGUGUGUGUCCAUGCUGCAGAUGCCGUUUUCACGAGGGGAACACACAGGCUGGGUGUCAGCACGUAACCAUUCCUUCGUUUAGCCUCGGUGGGAAGCCGGACCCCGGGCUGCAGCCCCCUCGG